UACUUCUGGAAAACGAAGGGCAGAAACGAAACGCUGGAGGAAUAUAUCAUUUGCCGCAACAGUGAAUGGUAUAGCGAUAAGAAUAUAAUUGAUUUUAUGAGUAAAAUUGGCCGCUAUUUACGGGUGACUACAAUGAUGGGCAAAACCAUUAGAGACCGAUUGGACACAACGGGUCUCUGUUUUUCAGAGUUUUCUUAUCAAAUGUUUCAAUCCUAUGAUUGGCUUUAUUUGUAUCAAAAAUAUGGCGCCGAGUUUCAGAUCGGAGGAAUAGAUCAGACCGUGAAUAUACAUAAUGGUCACGACCUGAUCAGGCGUUUGACUGAUAAGCAAACGUUUGGUCUUUUUAUGCCAAUACUAACCGAUGAGAACGGGAAGAAAUUUGGCAAAAGUGAAGAGAAAGCUAUUUAUUUAAACGACGAUAAAAUUUCUCCGUUUGGUUUCUAUCAAUUCUUCCAUCAGUUGACAGACCGACAAGUUUAUGACUUUUUGAAAAUGUUUUCGUUUCGUUCGGACGCAGAGAUUGAACAGAUAUACCAGAAAUCACUGCGAACUCAAAAGCCGUGGUAUUUACAGGAGAUUGUGGCCGAAGAGAUGACACUUUUAGUUCACGGAGAGGCCGGCCUCUCAUCAGCCAAGAGAACAACUGAUGCCUUAUUUAAGAGAGAUGUGGAAGUGUUGGCCCGACUCAACGAAUCCGAAAUUAACGAUGUGUUUGAAGGCGCGCCGAUGUCUACAUUGAUUUUCAAUCCCGAUGAGAUGACCGCUAUUGAGUUGGCCAUCAAAGCUCAAUGCUUUACUAAUGAAUUCUUGUCUCCGCAACAAAUAUUAACACAAACCGAUAUUCUGGCGAAUAGUAUAACAUUAGUGAGCGUUGGGAAACGAAAGCAUCACAUCGUGAAGUGGUAUUGAAAUACAUAUUGGGCUAAACUUUUAUAUUAAAAGUUGACUUAUUUUAUAUAAUAAAUCGGUUUCAAUGCGCGUAUAAAUCAAAGGCAAUAUUUGAUUAAAUCUUUAAUACAUUUCUAUACA